AUGGUAGAACAUCGUACAGAACAAACCACAGGUGUUCCCCACACGGGUGAUCAACCAACAACUAAAAUCCGCUUUCAGAAUCCACAGACAGAAACUGCUUUCCAAGGAUUAGCUGGAAUUCGUGAAGGAAUUCCACCUUCGAAUGAGGCUGUCUUAGUGGGUAUUGAGCAAGCCAAGCAAAGUGUCCUGUCCAGUCAUAACCUCUUAGAUCGAGAAGGAAGACUCAUUCAAAGAGAUACUUUGCUCUUACUCGAUCUGAUCAAGAUGGUCAUUGAAGAAAGAAACUCAGAUGAAAAGAUCCAAAACUUCUUAUAUGGUGUGAAACGAGGUUAUGAAACGACUCAGACUGGAGCGAAUCGAGACAUUUACAACUCGAUCAUUGGUUUGAGAGAUUUCGUCUUUGAAGUCAUACGUUCCAGUGAUUUCAGACAAGCCAUGAUGGACUUCUUCCAAUAUUUGCAGUUACUGGUCGAUGAAAAUGCAGGAGAAGAGGGAUUUGUGGGUCGAAUUACUGAAGGUAUUAAGAAUUUGACUCGUCCAUCUGAUGAAACCACCACAGGCCCUUCCAUCUUAUCAACGAAACACCCCACAGAUGCCACAGUUGUGACAGGUGUUGGUGGUUCUCCUCAACUCUCUCAUGAGCCUAGUGAGCAUGUCCUACUUCCUUCUGAAGUGAAAUCUGAGAGUGAUCUGCACAGGAAUCAAGGCAUGUUGUCAGAGCCAGGACAAUUCUCCACGCAGCAGCAGCAACAACCAUGGGUUGGAGGAAGUGGUAUUAGUCAACAGCAAAUACCUAUCCAAUCAGGAUUUGUUGGCCAACAACAACAGCCUUAUUCUUCAGGUAUUAGUCAACAACAACAACCUUAUAUCGGUGGUGUUGGCAGCAGUGGUGGUAUUAGUCAGCAACCUUCUCAAAUGCAAGGUGGUGAGCAGCUCAGAACAACUUCUCUCUAUGGAACCUCUCAUCAAGGAUAUGGUCCUCUCGAAACAGGAGGUGGUAUUUCACAACAACAUCCACAUGGAAUGACCUCUUCGUCCGAUCAAUUCAGAGAACCUUCUCUUCAAUCGAAUAUUCAAGGAGGUCAAUUCCAACCACAAUUGGGUGGUGUAGGAACUUAUGGAAUUUCACAACAACAAGCCCAUUGGGUGUCAGUGGCCAACAGCAACCAUACCAGCAACAACAACAAUGGAUGCCACAAACUCAACAACCAUUGGGCACAAGACAUCUUCCAACAAAAGGAUCAACUCAUUCGUGAAGCUGAACAAGUCUUCUACCAAUUCGACUUGAACAAGAAUGGAGUAUUGGGUAGAACUGAAUUCAAGUUGGCUCUGUUGAGACUUGGUCUCGAUAAGUAUCAAGCCAAGAUGAUGGGCAGAAUUGUAGACGUGGAUCAGAAUGGUUUGGUCUCAUUGGAUGAAUUCAUCAAUGCAUACUUGUAUAUUAAGGCUGGUGGUAAUGCUUGGGACGUUCCAAGUCGAAAGAAGCAAGGUUUUGGAAUUUCACAGCAACAACAACCAUGGAUUGGUGGUCAACAACAAUCUGGAUUUGUUGGCCAACAGCAACAACCAUUGAUGGGAGGUAUGCAACAACAACAAGGAACUUACAUUCCACCACCUCCAAGCUCCACAGUGAGUUACUCGGGUGUGAGUCACCAUUAUGGUCAUGUUGGCCAUGUUGGACACGUACAAGGAGAACCCUCAGAAACAAAAGAGGAUGUUGAAGAUCGCUUAAUUAAUCGAUUUGUGGCCCUUAACAAACGUUUCUCAAAGGAUCCAAACUACCAAAAGGCUCUCUUCGGUCUAUUCAACAUUUUCAAUCAAGCAAAGAGUUUGGUGGGUGAGGUUGACACUACCAACAAAACCGUUGAUCGAAUUUCUCAAGACGAGGACUUUAGAAAUCUUCUCUAUUAUGCCAAGUUGAUCAUGUAUGAAUUCAGUGAGCAACGUAUCUUUGACAAAUGGCUUCAAGUGAACAAUGACUUUAUGGUCCACUUGAAGACUGAUGAGAGAAUGAAAGGAGUCUUUAAAGACUUGAUGAAUGACUUUAGAAGAUAUAACAAGCAACCAGAAUUGCUCGAAUCUAAAGUCGAGAAGGACAACUUGAGAAUGCGUCUCAAGAAUUGCAGAACUAUCUUGGAAGAGAAGAAGAAUAUGGAUAUUACCAAUGAAUUGAUUCGUUCAUCGAGAGAACUCUUAGAGACCAUGAGAAAUGAUGAGUUGAAUGCUGAAUUGAGAGACAGAUCUCAGAAAUUGAUCUCUCGCUUGUUCCUCGACGAAAAGGGUUCCUUCACUCUCAAGCCAAAUGCUCUCGAACAAAUUAGAACCAUUCUCUUUGUGGCCAUCCAAGAAGCAAUCAAUAAUUGGAAUACCAUUGAAGUCGAAGGUGAUGAUGGUACUCAAUACUUUAAGAUUUCCAACAUUGUACUCAAGGCCAAUGAUAUCCUUCCAGACGAUGUGAAAUUCAAAGUUAAGAACAGAACCUCCAUGAACUAUCUCGAGCAAAGACCUGAGAAUAAGCUUGCAGAGAGUGCUACACUCGUGAGUGCUCACUUGUAUGGUAUGACUGCUCACUUGAAGGAUGUUGCCUUUGUCUUUGAUCGUCGUUCCUUCCCAUCUCUCUCAGAUCGUGGUAUCAUGGACAUUGACUUUGCACGUGGUGGCAUUGAUGUCAAAUUGAAAUUGAAAGCUCGUUUGAGUCAGAAUCGACCAUUCUACGUGAAGGAUGUUAAAGUUGGAGUCGACACAUUGCACAUCAAAUUCAGACAAGCUGAAAAGCACAAACUCCUCCUCAAGAUGUUCUCACCAAUCAUUCAGAGCAGAGUUCGUAGAAAGAUUCAUGAUAAUUUGCAACAAGCUCUUGUGGUCAAUGUGAGAGAAAUUAUUGAGAGAUUGAAUGACCUUAUUGAAGAUACUAUCAUCAAAGGAAACCAAAUGGCAGGUACUCCACAAGGAGGAAUGGUAUCGGGUAUUCUUGGUCGUGUUGGUGUUUCUACAACACCAGGAGGUAUUGGAACGAGUACUACUGGUUUGACUGGAGAAAGAGACUAUCCAUCACGCACUGAGAGAGUUUCUACAAUUAGAGAAUAG